UUUGAACUCAUGAGCAACGACGACCCGUACGCCGACCUCCCGCGAGCUGCUUCCCCUUCUGCGUGGACUAAAGCAUCGAGGAAACGCGCUGGGGAGGUAGUUGAUGCUCCGUUGGUGAAGAAGGCAGCAAGGAACAGCACCUGCCAUGUCUCGUUCCGCGAGGACGACAACGUGGCGCAAGGUAAAGACGAAGUGGAGGACAAGCGAGCGAGCACAGUGCUGGACCCGCGCGAAACGAUCGACAAGCUGAAACGAUACAUGCUCGUGGACAAGAAGUUUGCGAAAGCUGCGACUCUGUUCGGCGUUCUGCUUGAAGAGACAUGUUCAGCCUCCCCGACCGACAAACGUACACUGUCGUUGCUUCUAGAGUGUCUUCAAGAGGUGAUGAGCGCCAAACCCGAACGCAUUCAUCACGCAAGUUACCGAGUGGUAUACUCUGCGCUCUUUCGCGUCGUCCACAAGCAUCGAGAAACCUUGCUCCGGGCGAGUGACGAUGUCGAUAGCGAUGUGAUCGACAACUGGGUCUUGAAUGCUGUCGUGCACAACGACUUGUUUACCGACGACUCGUUCAUGUUUGCCAAGGCUGCGAAACAAGUUGCUGGCCACAUUACGGACCGGCGGGAUGAAGCCGUGAGUAUGGACAAUUUGGCCGAUGUGGCGGCGUUGGAUCGAGCGCUGCUGCCGUGUCUGCGGUCAUUGAUGGCGCGACAUGGCGUUGCAUGGGCGAAGACAUCUGUCGAAAUGGUGAUGGCGCUGUGUACCGCUCGCCGCCUGACUUUCAGCGAGGUCGAUCGAAAACACAUUGACGAGUGGACAUCGAAGAUCCAUCACCGAAAUGCAGCGCCGACCGCAAAGCACAGCGCCGCCGCCGAAAUGCGCAAGAACGUAGUUCCGUACAACGAUACGCAGACCGGGGUCAAGGUCGGUAGGUCGAACCACCCGCUCUUCAACAAAGAUUCGUGCUAGAACAACUCCAUUCUGAUCGUGCCCUCGGAUUCAUUGGAACUACGUGUAAGAAGUGGUUGACCUGCAUUGUGCCGGCCAAUUUUCGACGGCUAUCCCUCGAACCAUGCGAGCAACAAGGGCGGCAGGAACUCUCUCCACAGGCAGGUCGAUGUGCUCUGGACGAACUCGACAGAAGACGAUUGGAAUUGGUUGCGAUCGCCUUCACAACGUGCGACUUAAGCAUACAACUUCCAGCAGUCCGUUGAUUGCGGCCGCCGAUCGGCAAACUGUCGGAGUUCAGAGCCGUUCAUGCAGAUGACGGACCUCUCACACGAUCAACACACAAGCACUCGCUUUCGACCUAUCCUCUUACCCUACCAUAAUCUCAAGCGACUGCCGUCGCCGCGUGCUCCUCGCGCUCGCCAUCGGCGGCGACCUCUGGCGGCGUUCGGUUUUGCAUCAUUUUAUAAAAAUCCUCCCACUCAUAUGAAAAAUG